AAAUUUACUUUAUUCAUAAGUUAAUAAUAACCGAAAUACAAAUGGUCGAAACAUCAUGUUAUAAUACAUGUGUCUAGAUUCCCCUUUAAUGGUCAAACAUCACGUAUCCGAAGGUCAUUCAGACAGAAAACUUGCCAUUAAACGAGAUCAAAUUCUUCAUUUCUAUUCUGUGUUGAAACUAGCUCUAUUCAAAAUUUUAUAAAUUUGAUUAUUCGAAAUUUUUAACUAUGGCGAUGAUUCAUUGCCUCCUAUUUUAAUAAGUGGAAAAAGAAAAACAAAUAGGAAACGAAAAUUGCAUGGCAGGUUAUGUUCAAAUGUCAAAUUUUAUGUGUUUGAAAACAACAUAAAUUCAACUGAUUGAUCGCAAUGGCUUCGCUGCUAGAUGAAUUAAACUCGUCGUUGAAUUCGAAGAAGGAUGAUGAAACGGCAGAGAUCCUGAAGCGGAUUUUGUCGGAACAGACGCAAAAUGAUGUAUCCAACAAAGAUGUUAUUGUUUCAUUGUUGGAUGUUGAGAAUAAACUUGUAAGACGUUUGUCUUCGGAAGCGAUAGCCGAAUGGGCUAAACAACAGCAUAACAGAGUGAUAUUCACGGAUAAAAUUAUAUUGGAUAAGUUGAUAAAAACUUUGUAUACUGAAAUUGACGAUGACAUUGUCAUUCAUUCUGCCAGGGCAGUUGCCAAUAUUUGUUUCGAUAAUGCUGAAGCUGGAAACAUGAUUGAUGCGGACAAUUUUGAAAAAGUCGCUCAAUUAUUGAACGUCAAUGAAGGUAAGAAGUAUGAAGUGUUCACAAAGAUCAGUGGCAUGAUGGUCAAUGUUUUGACACACAAUGAGGCAUGUGCGAAGAAAAUUUGCAACAACAAUACAUUCAACAAUAUUGAGGGUUUGUUGAGAAAGUUCGGUAAUGGAUCUGAAGACAAUGACACAAUGGUUACAUAUUUGCUUAGCAUUGUUAACUUACUAGGUGAUUAUUGUGAAGAGUUGAAUGUUAAUGUUAAUGAAAAAUUUUGGAAGAAAAUCACAGAUGUUUUUAAAGUGUCUCCUAAUUUGGAGAUCUCUGUGGUUUGUCUGGAGAUAUUUCAUGGACAAUCUGAAAAAGAUGAUGUGCUCAUUUUGUUGGCAAAAGAAGGUUUUCCUCAAUUACUUAUUAAUCUGAUUGAAAAGAACAAGCAUGAAGUAAAAGAUGAAGACACCAGAUCUGUACUAAAAAUGGCUUGUGAUUUGGUUGUUAUUAUUUUAACUAAAGACUAUUGUAUGGAUCUUUUGUAUGAUGAUGGGAAAGGCAGCGUAUAUCAGCAUAUGGUCUACUGGGUAGAUUCAGAAGACACUGAUCUCCUAUGUUCAGGAGUCAUGGCCAUUGGAAAUUUUGCCAGGAAAGAGAAGAACUGCAUUCAAAUAGUACAAAGUGGCAUAUCCAGAAAACUCAUUGAUCUCUUAAAAGAGUACAACAGUCCUGAUAGUGACUUCAAAAUACAGCAUGCAAUUUUAAGCACUUUGAGAAAUCUAGUCAUACCCCAACAAAACAAGGAGUGGGUACUAAGAGAAGGACUCAUUGAUAUCAUUUAUCCAAUGAUUGUUAUUGACCAAUUCUUGGUGGUUUUCAAGCUUUUGGGAACAAUUCGGAUGGUGAUUGAUGGACAAGAGUCUACAGCCUUGGAUUUGAUUUCAAGAAAGGACUUCUUAGAGAAGCUUGUUUUUUGGUACAACAACUCCGACCAUCUGGGCGUGCGUGUGGAGGUGCCACGAUUGUUGUCGUGGUUAAUAAAGAACUGUCAUUCUUUCAAACCGUUUCCAACAUUGCUCGCAGUAAAAGACACGGUCAAGCCGAUUGUUGAAUUAAUGAAUUCCAACUUUGGAGUGAUGCAAAACGAGGCGUUUUACGCGCUGCAAUUGCUGUGUAUCGGUUGUUCUGACAUAACGUUGGCGCAAAAUGGCAAUGUUGAAAAGGGAGACGGAACGAAUGGCCUAGCCCAGCAGGUUAACAACGUGCUUAUCGGCGACGAGCGGAAUAAACACUUGACGGAACAGGGAGAUUGUCCCAAUGAAUUGUCCAAACACUUGUGUGAUAUGAUUAUUGAAGCUGAUGUUGGGAAACAUUUGAGUUUCGUUAUUGGCAAGUAUUGUGAUAAAAUGGAGAGUGCGACCAUUGAUAACAUGCUCACUUUGGUUGAACAAUUGAUCCAAUAUGAUAAAAUGAUUGAGCACUUGAAUCAAACUAAAGUUGAUGAAGCUUUGGCCAAAAUACACACUAAUUGCAAUUCACAGGGAACAACUGACAGAGUUAACAAACUGAUAAUUGCUAUCAAAAAGUAACUUUUUUUGAUAAAUUUCACUGCAGUAAAUUUUGAUAUUUUGAGUAUUAUUAUAUUUGCGUUCUAAGAAAGAACUUUAAAUGUCUUGUAUUAUUUUUGUUAAAAUAUCAAUAAAGUUAAUUUUCCUAUA